CAGAGUAGAACUGCUCCAUAGGGUUUCCAAGGCUGUGAGCUUUCGGAGACAGAUCGCCUGGACUUUCUUACCAGGCGGACAUGGGUGCAAGCUUUUUUAUUUAACAGAAGGCCUUCAGAAGUGGAUGGUAGAGAACGGUGGGGACGGCUGGGUGGUGGAAGAAAACAAGACAAUGGUGCCCGACGCCCCUGCACAGACCUGCUUCGUGACCUCCUUCAGCUGGUGCGGCAAGAAGCAGAUCUUGGAUCUGGAGGAGGAGGGUCUGUGGCCAGAACUGCUGGAUAGUGGCAAGAUCGACAUUCGUGUUUCUGACUGGUGGGGAGCUCGGCACGACUGUGGCUGUCAGUAUCUUCUUGUUGUCCAGCUCAUAGAUGCCAACCAGGCUGCCCUGGAUAACUUCACUGCUGCCCCGGAGCCCAUUCAACAGUGGAACAACAAUGCCUGCUUUCAGGUCACCCAUGUGUUCUCCAACAUCAAGAAAGGUGUCCGCUUUGUGUCUUUCGAACACCGGGGCCAGGACACACAGUUCUGGGCUGGCCACUAUGGAGCCCGUGUGACCAACUCCAGUGUGACCGUGUUGGUCCACCUGCCCUAGUCAAGGGCUGCCCUUCCUGCAAAUCUGCUGACCGUGUCCUCCAGUCAGGCUGGGACUGUUGGCCAGAUUCCCUCACUGAUCAAGGGCUGACACCUCCCUCGCAUCCUGGAAAUAGCGGGGCUCAGUUCAGGGUCCUCCAGGCCCUGUAUCCAGGUUCCAGAAACUGCUGGAAGAAUAUUCUUCUAUCAGAUCCACCUGCUGCUGCUUCAGGGUGGCCCCUGUGCUGCUGAGGGGGAGCCCCACAGGCGAGCGGAGGAGAAAGCAGGUCCAGGAGAGGGUUCCUCGCCUUCACCCCCUCCCCCACCCCAGAGGCCCUCUGAGAUUCAGCCCCAAGCCCCUCUGCCGUGUCCCCUCUGUUUGCCUCUUGUCUCAUUCUCUUUCUGCUUCAGUGGCUUUGCUCUAUUGGUCCCUGCAGGGAAGCCCUCUCCUCAUCUCUGAACUAGGAUCUCAUCCCAACGAGGGCUCCUGAAAGACCAGCCAUCUUGGGUGGCGAUCUCAACCUCCUGAGGAUUCGAGCUGCAGGGCUAGGGUCAGGUCCUGCAGCUGAAAGUAGAGACCUCAAAAAACAUGUGAAAAGAGAUGAUUCCCCCCACACUGACUUCUCAGAAAAACGAGGUGGCCUCCUGAGCCCAGUGCUGGUCCUCAAGGACCCCUGUGAUUGUGUAGUUUUAAAAAUUAUUUUUCCUUUUGAAAUUUUUUUCAAGCACUGAGAGAAUAAUAUAUCAACAACAUGUAUCUGUCAAUCAUAUGGGAUACAUUUAUUAUUUUGCCAAAACUGCUUCAGAUCUUUAUUAAAAGGAAUUUGGGGUUAUAGACUUGGUUACUACUUGGUUCAGGGUAACAAGUGGUCCCAGCUGCAGAGGGGAAAAUAUAGAGGAAAACAUCAACUAAUACUU